UGCAGCGUGGAGGGAGCGCGCGCUCGCUCUGUCUCUCUCUCUGUCCGUGUUUCAGGACACACGGCGGGUCUGAGUCUCACCGAGGGACAUUUAACUUCUGUGUGUUUGUGCUGAAACAUCUGUAGCGGUGUGUGAGUUCACUUCAAAGCGGAGGAAAUGGAGACAGUGCGGGAGUGUGCGGGCUGCGGAGACUAACACAAAGAAAAAGAAGAAGAAGAAGAAAGGAGAGACAGACAGAGAGAGAGAGACAGACAGACAGGGAGACGGACGGAGGAAUGGUGGAGCUCCUGCGGCUCAGGGUUCAGGCUUGAGGAUCUCUCAGUGACUGAUGCCAUGAAGCUAAACCCAAAGCAAGCUCCGUUAUACGGCGAGUGUGUGUUGACGGUGCAGCUCAGUGAGGAGGAGUGUGUGGAGGAUGAGGAGGAUGUGGAGUUUUACCUGCUGUUCUCCGGCAGCACACAGAGACACCUGACCACCACGCUGAGGCUCGGUCAUGUGACCCUGCAGGCUGUGUGUCCAGCUCAUGACCGUGAUGAGACGGUUCGGGUCACGCUGUGCCAGGCGCGCCCCGGCGGUUCCGUUGACCCGGUGGCGGAGGAGCGCUUCCAGUUCGUGCAGGAUCUGGCUCUGGACAUGGCUCAGUUCCUGAUCAGCGCGGCGUCUCACAGGGACGGCCUGGAGGGGGCGCUGCUGCUGGACGACUCGCACAUCCCUGUACAGGAGUGCGAGAGGUUGGACGAGACGCUAACGCUAGCGCUAAAGCAUCUUCCAUUACCGCCUGGGUGGAGUGUACUGGGAUCCGACAUCAACACACACACACCCACAGACUCCAGUCCUCAUGAGACGCUGCUGCACUUCGCAGCUCGCCGAGGUCUCCGCAGGGUCGCGCUGUUCCUCCUGCAGCAGCCAGGGGGCCACGACGCGCUGCGGCUCAACAACAAACACGGGGACACGCCAGCACGCGUAGCACAGAGCACAGGACACACACACCUACAGCACCUGCUCUCAGAGCUUGAGAAAUCACCGCACCUUGAAACGAAAACACCCAGACGGUGUCACCCAGCAGGCCGAGCGUUCCUGCACCACCCGAGGCUGAACACCUUCACGCUGACGGUGGAGCGCGAGGCGGACGCAGAGCCGCCGGACCUGAGGCGAGACGUGGACGAGCUCCGCCGCUACGUGCGCGCUCACGGGAGCAACAAGGGAGGACCUCGGAAGCAGUGGCAGUCCUUUCCGCUCAUCCUGAGCCGCGAUUUCGUAGACGAUUUGCAGACGGUUGCGGUGACUCCCUCUGACAACCCCACCCUCCAGAAACCGCCGGUGUGUAAGCUUCAGGAAGUCGGAGGUGAGAAAGGAAGCAGCGAGCUCUCUAAGUGCCCGAAUGGCAGCGCCCGAUCCGAGGUGGGUGAAGCGCCAGCGUCCAGCGAAGACUCGGAUUCUGGGAAGGGGACUUUGCGGGUAGAGGGUGAGGGAGUGUGUGCGGAGAAGCAGGAGGACUGUGCGGCUGUCAGCGCCGCUUCCUGUGGAGAGCAGCAGCAGCAGGAGGAAGUAGAUAGCGAGUCGAGAGUAAUCGGGGAGGCGCCUCGUACACACAGGAGUCACGCUGUAUCCGAGACAAAGAGUUUUAAUAUAAUCCAAUCUGGCAACAAAGAGGAGGGAACGAUGGGUCAAAAUCAGGGACUCCUCCCCGAGAACAACGAAAACAAGGCGAGAGGGGACUUACCAGAGGAAAGGGAAGGAGAGCGUAACUCCUCCAAGCAGGAAACUUUCUUACUGAGCCGGAGCACACAGCCGCUUGAUGCCCAAACGAACGGUGAAAAACGCUCCAGGUUUUACAGAACUUUGGACUUUAAUGCCACGGAGAAAGGGAAGGAGAUCCAGGAAGCAGGAAACGUCAACGAUCCGACACCUGAGUCCACAGGCUGGACAAAAGGGGAUCAGGACGUGAGCAGAGGUUUGGAUUCUUUAAGUUUCAGACCCAACAUGGCUCCAGGACCGGUCCACAACGUACGUCUCGAACCGUCUCAGGUUCUCACGACCACAGCUGACCAAGCUGACCCUCCGCCAGAACCGGUGUCCGAACAGGUGAGUUUAGAUUCCGUAAAAGAACCUCCGUCUUGUGAUGUCACUGAUGCACCAGGACAAUCUGACAGAUUAGUGCUAGAUGAAGGUGCUGAAGAAAUCCAAGUUGAUCAGACCUUAGUUCCUGAAACGGAGCAAAAUUUCUUAAAAGCAUCAGAAAAUUAUCUCCAACCUAUCAUCUUUCCAGAAAUACCAGAAGAAACUUCACAAACAAUUACUGUGGCUCAUUGUGGAGGUCAGGAACCUUCUCAGGAGCAUAGUGAACCACAAUCUGAUGCCAUAGACUCUGACAUCAUGGAUACUAUGGACCAGAACCAAAAUCCAGUAAGAUCACAGAGUCCUAUCACAGGUUUGGUUUUGAACCAAAUUUUAACAGAUCCUCAAGGAUUCAUGGCGUUCGAUUCAUUCCUUGAACAAAGUGGAUUAGAAACAAAGGCUGAACGGGAACCACUAUCAUUUCAAACACCUCCAGAGUCACCCUGUGAGUUUUUUUCAAUAGAUGGUUUAAUCAUACCAUGCAUUUCUGUUGAAUCACCAUGCUCAGCUUCUCUGGAACUUGGUCGGCCUGCAGGUUCAAGAGAAACCAUGGAGGAGGCUGAGAAGGUGGAAACCGAUCAGCUUGAGAUGUGUGACGGUUCUAAAAAGUCACCUGUGACAAUACUGUGUGGUUCUUUUUCCAAACUGACAAUCGAGGGAAGUCCCAAUGAUCCCCAGCUUCACAGCUUACCCUUAGACACCACAGAGAGAACAGCAACAAGUGCACUUGCUGGAGAUUCUGAAAGCUCCACUGCUCAUCCUUCAGAGAUGCAGGAGACCAAGGAGGAGGAUAUGAAGUUAGAAUUAAAGCUCUUAGAGAAUUCUGAGAGUUUAGAACCAUCACAGAUAGUAUCUGAGGAGAACCUAAAAGAAACAGCAUUGACUGCACACGAUGUAGGUUCUAAUGCAUCAAAUGACAAGGAUGUUCAGGAGGCAUGCAUUAUGAUGCCUGCAAAACUUGGUGAGACCCCAGAAAUUUCAUUGCCACCGUGCAACACAUCAUUUCAGUCUCCUUCUGUGUCUGAGAACAUUACUGACCCCCAUUCUGUGGAGAGCGACACAACAUCUAAAGACCGAAAGUCUGAGCUCAACACAUCUACAAAGACGGUUGUAGAAACAUCUCCGGGCUCACAUCUUGAAGUAAGCACCUUUGAGGAAAACAUCCCCCAAAAAUUAGACCCCGUGACCUUUGAGGAGAGCAAUAGUGGAACAUCUCUUGAGCCACUUCCUGAGGUUAAAAUCCCUGAGGAAAACAUUCAAGAUCAACAAGUUGAGGCGGUGAUCUUAAAUGAGUGUGUAAGUGAAACAUCUUUGGCUCUCAUUCAUGAUUCAUCUUCCUUUGUGGAAACAAGUGGAGACGCGUCUCUUCCUCCACUUCCUGAGGUUAACAGCCUUGAAGAAAGCAUCCAACAAACUGAGAAGAGCACAAAUGACCCUCAUGACCCCAAACAUGAGGGCAUGACCUCUGAAAAAAGCAUUAGAGGAACUCUUGACUUACAUCAAGAUCUGACAAUCAGAGACGAAUCUUUUGACACACUUCCUGAGGUUAGCAGCUCGGAAGAAAAUGUUUUACACCAAACACUUGAGGCAUUAGAGGAGAGCGUUAGAGGAACAUCUCUUGACCUUAAUCAUGACCUUCCCAUGCUCUUUGAGGAAACCAUCAGAAUAACGUCACUUGGCCCAUGUUCUGAGGAAAUGAGUUUGGAGGAAAAUGUUCUAGAUCAGCAGCUUGAGGGCACGACGUGUGAGAGGAGUGAGAAUGAAACGUCCCAAGACCACAAACCAGAGACAGGCAUUCAAGACCUACAACAUAAAGAAACAACUCUUGAUCAUCAGCCUGUGGACACAACCUUGGAGGAGAGCAUUAGAGGAACGUCUGAUCACAACCAGUUUGAGGAGACCACCUGUGAGAAAAGCCUCGGGAUAUGUCUGGAACCUGAGGAUGCCCGUCUUCCUGAAGCUCCAGUUUGUAGUGAGGCUGGAAUUCUGGACGCCCAUGUUUCUGUUAACGAUUCAGGUUUGGCUUUGGAGAACAUUUCCACUUCUGUCUCCGACCAGCCAAUGGAUCUGAGCUCCGUGAUGGAUCAGGAUAGUGGCACGGGCUUAGAGAUGGAUGCCAGCUCUCCUGUAGAAACGGAUAGUGGUUUAAUCCAGGACCUGUCGAGUGCUGGAGUUUGUCUGGAUGAGGAGCACAGUCACACAGAGAAGGAACAUGGAGAGGAACGGAAGGAGGAACAGGUAGCAGGUGAUGAUGGUCACACAGAGGCUGCGAUAGCACACUUGGAUCAGUGCAGUGAGAUCCACAGGGAGGAGGAGGAGGAGGUGUUGUACUCACUGGAUGCUGCAGAUCUGAAGCAGGAGUGCAGCAAAGACAGCGCAGAGACGGAUGUUCCGCUCGAGAGUGUGUGUCGCUCCGUAUCUGCCACCUCGCUGCCCGGGUCCGAGUCCAUCAGUGACGGAGACUCACUGUUGGGCCCAGACACAACGGAUGACUCGGCCUUCAAGCAGAAUGGGGACACACUCACCCUCACCAGUGGAAUUUCCAUGACUGAGUCUGUGUCCACUGACGACUCGUCCAUCACACACCCUGUGGGAGAAACCGAGGAAGAGGAGAAGAAAGAUCGUCUGACGGAGGUUCUAGAGCGCUCCGCUAUUCUUCGCUCUACCAGCCGAUCUCAUUCUCCAUCCCGGAGACACAGCUGGGGCCCGAGCAAGGACCACGCUGGAGAGUUGGACAUGGGCCAGCGCAGUGUGGUGGAGGCUGUGGAGGGAGAGAAGCCCGCUCCAGGUCACAGGAGAAGUAUGAGCUGGUGUCCGUCACACGUCCCUCACACUGAGAUGGAUGAGAUGAACUCCAGAAGUUACAGUCUGGAGGGUUUGGCUGCUGAGGACGAGGUGAAGAUGCCGAGUGUCCAACACUCCACACACUCGUCUGUGACGGAGAGAGAGGAGAGAGGAUCACUCGCUUCACUCACUGAGGAGGAGAACGAGAGCAACGUGGGGGACAACAGCAGCUUAGACAGCCAGAAAUCCAUUCAGGACGUUGGUUUCGUUCCUUCCCCACACACACUCACCAAAUGUGUGUCCAUGUCCGCGAUCAGCCCAAGAGACCUGGAUGACGGUGUGGCGACUGCAUCAGCAACAGGAGGAGUUCUGGAGAACAGUAUAUCAGAGGAAGACCCCGCCCCGUUGCGGAGUGACUUUGAGGUCAAACCGACGAAAGUGAGCCGCACCUUCAGCUACCUCAAGAGCAAGAUGAGCAAAAAGAGCAAGGAAAAAGAUCGUGACAAGAAUAAGGAUGGAAAAGAGAAGGAGAAGAAGAGCUCCAACAAUCACCUUUUCCUCUCCCCCCUAACUCCGCCCCCCAGCCCCUGCUUACAGUGCAACCGACCAAUCAGCACGAAGGAAGCUCUCACCUGCACAAACUGCAAUGUUUACGUCCAUAAGGGCUGCAGAGACGGACUCCCCGUCUGCGCUAAAGUCAAGAUGAAGCAGCAGUCAGUCACUGACGGCGCUCCUCCGCCCGGAGUUCUCUCACGAGGAAAAUCGGCAACAGCGCGAGAACGUCCCUGGUCCAGUUUCUUGGGUCCUGAAGACCCGGUGUCUCUUCCCGUCCCUCCUUCCCGGAAAAACACCACCAUCAUGCCAUUUAACAGCGGCUCUCUGUCCAAGAGCAUCUCUAUCAGCAACAUCGCAGGGCAGGCGGACGACGCUCCUCUCAGAUCGCUGAGGAUUCUCUCUCAGUCCACGGACUCGCUCAAUAAGUUGGGGAAAGUGAACGAGUCCACCGAGUCUCUCACUGAUGAAGGGGCGGAGGUGAUGGACAGUCACCUGAUGGCGGAGUUCGAGGCGGACGUGAGGGAGCUGGAGGCCGACUCCUGGAGCUUCACUGUGGACAAGAAGUAUCUGAAACAGCAGAAAAAGGACGUCGUCAAAAGGCAGGACGUCAUCUACGAGUUGAUCCAGACGGAGAUGCACCACCUGCGGACUCUGCGCAUCAUGGCUGACGUGUACAGUAAGGGUCUGCAGAAGGAGGUGCAGGUGGAGGUGCAGACGCUGGAGAAGAUGUUCCCUGUGCUGGAUGAGCUGCUGGAGCUGCACACGACCUUCUUCACAAACCUGCUGGAGAGACGGAAGGAGGCGCGAGAGGAGCAGCGGGGGAGCGACGGGGGGUUCGUCAUCCGCAGGAUCGGAGACGUGCUGCUCGGUCAGGUGACCGGCUCCAACGCUGAAAAAUUUAAGAAAGUUUACGGGAGAUUCUGCAGCCGCCACAACGAGGCUGUGAACAUUUACAAGGAGCUACACACACGGGACAAACGCUUUCAGGCCUUCAUCAAGAAAAAGAUGAGCAGUGCAGUGGUGAGGAGGUUGAGUAUUCCUGAGUGUAUCCUAUUAGUCACACAGCGCAUCACCAAAUACCCCGUCUUACUGCAGAGACUCCUGCAGCACACACGAGAGCCGGAGGAGGAGCAGGCGGACGUGACCGAGGCUCUGCGGCAGAUGAAGGAGGUGCUGACGGGCGUGGACUCCAAAGUUAACGACUACGAGAAGAGACAGAGACUGAAGGAGGUGUACAGCCGCACAGACAGCAAGUCCAUCAUGAGGAUGAAAAGCGGCCAGAUGUUCGCCAGGGAGGACCUGAUCAGGGGGCGAAAACUUAUUCACGACGGCCCGCUGCAGCUCAAAAAUGCAGCCGGGAGACUGAAAGAUGUUCAGGCUCUGCUGCUGUCCGAUGUGAUGGUGUUUCUUCAAGAAAAAGAUCAGAAAUAUGUUUUUGCCUCACUGGACCAGCGCAGCACGGUGAUCUCGCUGCAGAAGCUGAUCGUGAGGGAGGUGGCGAAUGAGGAGCGCGGCCUGUUCUUCAUCACCGCCGGCAUCGAGAAGCCAGAGAUGGUGGAAGUUCACGCCAGCUCCAAGGAUGAGAGGAACACGUGGAUGCAGCUCAUCCAGAACGCCACUACCUCCAUAGAUAAGGACGAUGAUGAGGGAAUCCCGAGUGAAAACGAGGAAGACAAGAGACUGCAGGAGAGCAAAAAUAAAGAAAUGAAAGAACAACUACAAAAGAAGGACGAGCAGAUCGUGACUCUGUUAGAAGAAAAAGUGCGUCUGUUCCGCGAGUUGUGCGACUCCGCGAAUCAGGACGAGUCGUCUUUACGUACCAGAAUGAUGUUCAGGGCGACGAGUGACGUCACUAAAGGAGAGCCGAUCAUCAAAGACGCUCUGAAGGAAGUUGAGACGUUGCAGGAGCUUGUGAACAGCGGUGUGAUGGGACAGCAGGUGUGUGUGGGAGCAGAGGACUCGAGUGUGUGUGCGGGGUCUGUGAGUUUACCGCGCAGAGCCGAGACGUUCGGGGGCUUCGACUGCCACCAGAUAAACAUCUCAAAAAAUGGAGACCGUGAGGAAGCAGAUGAUCUGCGGAGAACUGAGUCAGACAGUGUUCUGAAGAAGGGGGGCACCGCAAACCUGCUGCUCUUACACAAGAGGAACAGUGAGCAGGUUCUCCAGAGCGUCACUCGUCUUCAUGACCUACUAAACACCUUACAGGCUGUGGUUGUGCAGCAGGACACCUUCAUCGAAGAGCAGCGUCAGGCCUUGAGCUCGCCAUCCCUCCGUCACCCUUCCAUCUCAUCCGCGUCCUCCGUCUCGUCCUUAUCCUCAUGUUCGUCUCGACCGAGCUCCCUGAUGGAGCAGGAGAAGCAGCGGCAGGAGGAGAAGAUCCGUGAGGAGGAGAGGAGGAGGAGAGAGGAGGACGACAGGAGGAAGAGAGAGGAGGAGGACGAGAUGAGGAGGCGCGAGGAGGAUCUGGCGCUGAGGGAGGGGAGACUCGUCGCCGCAGAGGAGGAGAUGCAGAGGAGACGUGAGACGCUGCAGCGGGAGCAGGAGGACCUCAGCAGCAGGAAGGAGGAGUACCAGAGGGACCUGCUGAGACUCCUGGACGACCAGAGGAGGCUGGACAGGGAGAGACAGCAGCUACGCACACACACACCGCAACAACACAUGGAGCAGGACUGGGUGGAACCGAGACCGCGCUCCUCCUCCACCGCCUCAGAAGACUCGCUGAAGCUCCUGAGCUCCACCGAGGCGAGUGAAAGCAUGGAGGUCUUCUCUCGCGCAGACUCCAAACGCAGAGCCAAGACCCUGAUCCCGUUCUCUACUGGCUCCGGACAGAAGGGCGGCGCCGCCGAGCAGCACGGACAGAUCCCCACCCGCCUGCUGCAGCUCACCAAACCCAAAGACAAGAAGGAGAAGAAGAAGAAGAAAGGAAAAGGAGGCCAGCAGAACCAGGCUACAGAAGCCGUAGGUGCCGAGGCGUCCGGGUCCUCAGUGAAUAAAGACGUUUACUUCUGCUGAUCUCACGCACUGAUGUUCCUCCUCCGCCUUCCCACAAUGCCGUGCGGCUCGGCUCAGAGACUCACAGGUCCGGGGGUUUCAGCACCGAGGAGAGUUCUCCACUCCUCCUUUUCUUUCUUCACACACACACAGACACACACAGACGCACACACACUGGUGUAAUUCUGCACCUGGGAUUUUCGGGGUGUGUGUUGAGGAGCUCAGCGUUCCUCACACCGCCGUCGGCACUUUUUAUUUUUACUUUUAUUUUUUACUUUUUUUAUUUAAAAACACUUUUGAGAAGAGCUUUAGUUUCAGCGAGCGUGAGGAGGAGGAGGAAGAUGAGGAGGAGGAAGAUUUACAGCCGCUGGAACUUUGGGAGAAAAAUCCCUUUUUACUGAAGGAUCUUAAACAAACUGAUGAGGUUCUGCAGAACCGCGAGAACUUCUUGAACGUUCCAGCCAACGACACCCCCCCCCCCCCCAAAAAAUAAA